AUGGGAUUUAGAUUCACCAAUCUGAAUCCCAUUUACAGAACAUGCAUCACACGGCUUUCCUCUUCCAAAUUCCUCAUUCCGGCGCCUGAGCCUCUUAAUUUCUCUCAAUCCGAUUCUUCCUUCGUUUCCUCCCAUAAUCCAGCGUUCAAAAUCCCUAGGAGGUGGCAUUUCGGUCAUUCUCAUCAUGAUCAGGAUCGUCAACUUCCUCAGCAGCUCAACGACGGGGAGAAUAUUUUCCGCCUUGGUCUUGCCGCCGACGUUGCUUUAGCCACCGGAAAAGCGAUUACCGGUUACCUUUCUGGUAGCACUGCGAUUAUCGCCGAUGCUGCUCAUUCCGUAUCCGACGUGGUUCUCAGUGGCAUAGCUUUGGUGUCUUUUAAACUUGCCAAGGCUCCGAGAGAUAAAGAACACCCAUAUGGACAUGGUAAAUUUGAGACUCUAGGAGCUCUAGGAAUCUCUUGUAUGCUUUUGGCCACUGGGGGUGGCAUUGCGUGGCACGCUGUUGAUAUUUUGACGGGAUUAUUCUCAGCUGCCCCUGAAAUGAUUAGCCAAGCAAUGGCACAUGAGCAUGUGCAUAGCCACGGAAAAGACGGGCAUCACCAUGGAAUAGACAUGGAUCAUCCUAUACUUGCCUUGAAUAUGACUCUUGUGUCAAUAGGUGUUAAAGAAGGGCUUUUCUGGAUAACAAAACAAGCUGGUGAAAGGCAAGGCAGUGGAUUGAUGAAAGCAAAUGCAUGGCAUCAUCGUGCAGAUGCAAUUUCAUCGGUAGUUGCUCUUGUUGGAGUUGGAGGUUCUAUUCUUGGAGUGAAGUUUUUAGAUCCCCUUGCUGGACUUUUUGUCUCGGUCAUGAUUUUAAAAGCAGGUGCUGAAACUGGUUACCAAAGUAUCUUGGAGCUGGUGGAUGCUGCAAUCCCGGCACACCAUUUGGAUCCCAUUAAACAAACAAUACUGCAAGUCGAAGGUGUCAAGGGAUGCCAUCGUUUAAGAGGAAGGAGAGCUGGUUCUACUCUGUAUCUUGAUGUAAAUAUUGAGGUUGAUCCCUUUUCCAGUGUUAGUUCUGCACAUGACAUUGGUGAAAAUGUCCGACAGCAAACUCACAAGUUUCACCCUACUGUGACUGAAAUGUUUAUACACAUAGAUCCUGCUAUGUCACAUGCAUCUCCUAGCACAACCGAUCAGCAAGAUAGUUGGAGUGGAGACAUGGACCAGAACAGUAUUGCUCCUGCUGGAGACAGUAAUAUUGAAGGAAUAGUUUCUGAUAUUAUCUCAGCUAACUUUCCGCAGAUGUCAGUCGAGCGCAUAACACGCCACAUGUUUCAAAGCAAGAUUGUUCUUCAAAUUGAAGUUUCCAUGCCUCCUGAUAUCCCAAUCCGAAAUGCAAUGGAAAUGGCAGAGAAAGCUGAAAGAGAGAUUCUGAAGGCAACUUCGAAUAUAAUUCAUGUUGGCAUCCAACUUCGUUUGGGACGACCAUUUCCACAUAUCAGUCAGUCAUGA